AUGACUACCUUACUGGUUUCCCUCUCCCCAGAUGCCUUGGUCCGGCUACAUGAUGCUUUAAUAUGUCUGGCCAAAUUCGAUGAAAGUGUCUCUAUUGAAGCUGAAUAUGACCUGCUUCGUCUGAGUGCCCUCAAUUUAACCAAGACUGCAUACUCUGCGUUUGUUUUUGAGGCAGACAAAUUUUUUGAAAACUACUCUUUUGAAAUGAACAAUCCCCCAAGAGGUAGUCGCCCGGAUAGAUUCUGCUGUCAGAUACUCUUAAAGGCCUUGCUAUCGGUUUUUAAGGGAAGAACCAGUGAAAAAGACAAAGAUACAGCCGUGGAGCGCUGUGAGCUGGAGAUACAUGAAGAUGAUGAGCAGACUGAAUGCAGACUCGCGAUCAGGAUGAUAUGUGGACUUGGCGUCAUCAAGUCUUACAAGCUUACUUACGAAGCCGCUACUGUUCAGCAUGCAAUUUUUGACCGAACGAGAACAACAAACCAGUGGAGUAUCGAGUCCAGGUUUCUGAAAGAAAUCACAGACCACUUCAGCGCAUCAGCUGAGUUGCUGGACAUCUAUUCCGAGGGUGACAAGGCUAUCUUUACAAGUUUUACCACAAAGAUCACCGAUGGAAAGGAGAUUCUCAAGCAGCCUAUCCACACUUCGGUCGCCAUCGACAAAAGAGAUUUUGACGAUUUCUUAGCUGGAGACAAUCUUCAUGUCGCUAUAAACCUCAAAGAUUUCAAGGCGGUGAUAGCACACGCUGAUACGGUAAAUGCGAGAAUCACUGCUCGAUAUACCGUUCCAUGUCGUCCCAUGCAGCUAGCAUAUGACUUUGAAGGCGUAAGGACGGAAUAUACCCUGAUGACAAGAGGCGAAUCCGACAAUAAUACCCCGAACUCCUCACGACCCACCAUUCCACAGCUAUCCGCGAGACAAACUCCAGCUCCCGUUUCAGCACGUGUCAGCCAGGCCAACACUAGUACCAGUUCGAACUCCAGACAGAUGCCUCCUCCCCGCAGCCGAUCCGCUCGCCCACUCACUGGGACGCCGGCUGUUCGUGUUCCAGAAACAAAUGUUGAGCCGCAGCAACCCCCGGCGGCAUCGAUCAACUUUGAUAGCCUCUUUGUUCCAGCGGAUGAUGACGGACAAUGGGAUGUGCCAAAUGACGAGGAAGAGGCCGAAGACAUGCUCGGAUGGGACGCAACUGCUGAUCAGGAAACAUUCAAUGCAAGUCUUGGGCCACGUCUCAGAGACACCGAGCCCAGUGUGUCGUCUCGUAGUAGAAACGAACAAAACAAUGACGACCAAGAUAUGGGACUUCCACCCACGCAGCGCAUGUCACAGAUUCAAGGCCUUGGUCUUUUCGACUGA